CAUUUCAUUUCUUGUGCUUCUUUAACCCUGUCUGCGAGUCCCCCACGAGCCGUCAAAUCAAGUGCAAAGUCUUUACAUCUUUGUGAGCGGAUACCGAAAGAACCAGAAGAACAGACUCAGAGAGAGAACGGGAAGGUUUGGGAAGCAAAACCAGCAACUAUUCGUAGUUCACUAAUCCGAUCCGACGAUCUUCCGUUAUUUAUUCCGGCUUCGAUGAGUGAAAAGGUAGGGAAUUCGGGGGAUUCAGGGGGCGGCUCCUCCUCAUCGGCGUCCUCGACCACGACGACGCAUGGGGAUCCGGCGGUGGUGGCGGAGAAGCAGAAAGAGAAGGCUCGGGUGAGCAGAACGUCGUUGAUCCUCUGGCACGCUCAUCAGAACGACGCCGCUGCUGUUCGGAAGCUUUUGGAGGAAGAUAGGUCUCUCGUUAAUGCACGGGACUAUGAUAACAGGACUCCCUUACAUGUAGCUUCUCUUCAUGGUUGGAUCGACAUCGCCAAAUGCCUUAUUGAGUACGGAGCCGAUGUCAACGCCCUGGAUCGUUGGAAAAACACACCCUUGGCAGAUGCAGAAGGAGCCAAGAAACAUAACAUGAUUGAGCUAUUGAAAUCAUAUGGUGGAUCAUCUUAUGGUCAAAAUGGAAGCCAUUUUGAACCAAAACCAGUUCCACCUCCUCUGCCAAACAAGUGUGAUUGGGAAAUUGAUCCAUCUGAGCUGGACUUCUCGAACUCAUGUAUUAUUGGAAAGGGGUCUUUUGGUGAGAUUUUAAAGGCCUGUUGGCGUGGAACACCAGUUGCUGUGAAACGCAUUCUUCCAUCUCUUUCAGAUGAUCGAUUAGUGAUCCAGGAUUUUAGGCAUGAGGUCAAUCUGCUGGUGAAGCUGCGCCAUCCCAAUGUUGUUCAAUUUCUUGGAGCUGUUACUGAAAGGAAGCCUCUGAUGUUAAUCACUGAGUAUCUACGAGGGGGUGAUCUCCAUCAGUACCUCAAAGAAAAAGGCCCACUUUCUCCAUCAACAGCCAUAAGUUUUGCUUUAGAUAUUGCCAGAGGCAUGGCAUAUCUCCAUAAUGAGCCAAAUGUUAUCAUUCACCGUGACCUAAAGCCAAGGAAUGUUCUUUUGGUCAAUUCAAAUGCAGACCAUUUGAAGGUUGGAGACUUUGGUUUAAGCAAGCUCAUUAAGGUUCAGAAUUCUCAUGAUGUGUACAAGAUGACUGGAGAGACUGGAAGCUACCGGUAUAUGGCUCCUGAAGUCUUCAAGCAUCGGAGAUAUGACAAGAAGGUUGAUGUUUUCUCCUUUGCAAUGAUAUUGUAUGAGAUGCUAGAAGGAGACCCUCCAUUGGCAAAUUAUGAACCUUACGAAGCUGCGAAAUAUGUGGCAGAAGGUCAAAGGCCCAUCUUUCGUUCCAAGGGCUUUAUCCCUGAACUGAAAGAGCUGAUAGAGAAGUGUUGGGCUGCUGACAUGAAUCAAAGACCUUCUUUCUUGGAGAUACUCAAAAGGCUUGAAAAGAUUAAAGAUAACCUACCGGGAGAACAUCAUUGGAGCAUCUUUAAUGCAUAAUAGCUGAAAGGUAGAUGGUGAAGAUUUGCAAAAGGGUAAAAUAAGCCCUUUGUGAAUGGAUCCCGUGAUUUCAUUGUUGAGGGGAAACUUUGGCUGCCCGGUGUAAGUCAGCAUAUGCUAACCACACUGAAAUGUAAAGUUUCCAAAUAUCUCUAGCUUUGAUGGCGGCAUUAACAGCUCUUAACAAUAGCCCUGAAAGAACUGGACAAAUCAGGUAUGGCGUGUGUUUAUGAAGGCACCACUAAUGUCCAAGAACUGGCCAUAGCCAUGGGAUGCACGGCCACAAGCUUGACAAGAAGGAUAUAGUGAGGAGGUUCAAGGAGCAUUGCUGCUUCAUGAAGCUGUCUACACGUGACAUCAUCUUGUCUUUCAUUCUGGGCUCUGGCUAUCUCCACUCUCUCCACCGGCAGUGCCAUCAAAGUUUUCUACCAGACUCUCUCUGUAUCUAAUGAAACCUCCACCAUUCUUUUCAAUCUUUUCCUGCCUGCACUGCCACCACCACAUCCACCAUAACAAAAUCUGGCUGCAAACUGUAAUUACCUAUUGAUUUUUCACAUAAACUUCAUCCACUCCACUCAAGCUUCAUCCAUGGUAGGAAAACUUUUAGUCUCCCCUACAGAUUCUAAGCUUCCAGUAAAACCACAACCCAAAGAGUCCGACCAACACUACCAAGCUCCUCUUCCUCUAUUGUAAAGAUGGAAUUUUUAAUUUUUGAUUAUUUUAAGAUUUAAAUUAACAAAAUCCCCCAGCUUAUCCAUUAACGUUCCUGGACAUCAAAUAUACAUACCAGUAUGUAACACUUAAAUUGUUUGUAAUCAGCGUAGCAUAAGCUGACAAUACCGGGCAGCGAGAAUUUCCCCCAUGGUUGAUGCCUAAUUAUCCUUUGAUUCCUCAAACUUCUAUUC